UGAAGUUUGCGCGCCGCUGCCGGUUAGCCACAUGGUGCAGUGGUGUUUGAGCUAGCACUUUACUGCAUGUGCAAAACAGUGUUACUUUAAUUGUUUAGCGGCUCAGCUGCGUUACGCCCCUUUCACAAUGGAUGCGUUCGUCGAGUUUCCAGAGAAACCUUCGCUGAAAAAGACGUUGUCGAAUGAUUUCGGAAAACUGAGCAGUAAACAGCACAAGGUGAUUCAAGAUGUAAGUAAAGCGCACGUAGAAUCAUUUAACUACGUGCUCAGGGAGGGCCUCUCGAGAGCCGUAGCGGACAUUCCGCCGUGCGAGUUUGCGUUGCCCAACGGAGAUCGAGUGAAGCUGGAAAUCAGAGAUCCCUACAUUGGAAGCCCCAUGAUAAGCAAGAACACCAUUGGUGUUGUAACACCACAGGUCUACCCUGCAGAGUGCAGAAAUCGUGGCACCACAUACAGAGGCAAAUUGGAUGUCACGGUUGUGUGGAGCCUCAAUGGUGUCCACCAGGACACCGUCAAAAAGACAGUUGGAGAAGUUCCCAUAAUGGUCAAGUCUCAGGUUUGCAACAUUGCCAAGAUGUCACCUGCAGAACUUGUGAAAAGGGGAGAGGAAGCAGGAGAAUUCGGAGGUUAUUUUGUUGUCAAUGGCAAUGAGAAGAUAAUCAGGAUGCUCAUUAUGACCAGGAGGAAUUAUCCCAUAGCCAUGGUCCGGCCUUCUUGGAAGAACAGAGGGAAAAUGUUCUCGGAAUAUGGUGUCUCACUUCGCUCUGUGAAACCAGACCAGACAGGCACAAACAUGGUGCUUCACUACCUGACUAAUGGUACAGUGCAAGUGAUGUUCUCGUACAUGAAGGAGCUCUUCUUCAUGCCAGUCAUGAUGCUGCUGAAAGCACUGUGCGAUGUCAGCGAUCACCACAUUUACAGCGAGCUCAUAGCAGGCAAAGAAGAGGACUCAUUCUUCAAGGGUUGCAUCAUUAACAUGUUGAGGCAGGUGCAAAAUGAAGGCCUUCUGACUCGGGACCAAGUGCGAGCCUACAUUGGGGAGAAGUUUCGCAUCUGUAUGAGGCUUCCAGAGUGGUACAGUGAUGAGGAAGUGGCCGCCUUCCUCCUCAGACAUUGCAUCUGUGUGCACACUGAGUCAAAUGUUGACAAGUUCAACCUAAUACUGCUUAUGAUACGAAAGCUCUUUGCUGUUGCCAAGGGAGAGUGUGCAAUUGAGUCAGCUGACAAUCCAAUGAACCAUGAGAUUCUGCUUGCUGGGCACUUGUACCUUAUGGUACUCAAGGAAAAGCUUUCUGGAUUUUUGUAUUCAAUAAGGCAAAAUAUAGAAAAGAAAGCAAAGUCUACAGGAUCUGCAUUCAAGCUCAGUAUGGCCAACUUCAGCCGAGCACUGGCAACAUCAUGGGACCUUACAUCGGCCAUGAACUAUUUUCUGGCUACUGGUAAUGUGGUGACCAAGACGGGCUUGGGCCUGAUGCAGUUCACAGGCACGACUGUCAUUGCCGAGAAGCUCAACUACUGGCGAUACCUGUCGCACUUCCGCUGCGUCCACCGAGGUGCCUUCUUUGCAGAGAUGCGCACCACCACCGUGCGGAAGCUUUUGCCCGAGGCCUGGGGCUUUCUCUGCCCUGUGCACACACCCGAUGGGGCCCCCUGUGGUCUUCUCAAUCACAUGACAGCCCUGGCUGAGGUGGUGAACCAACAGUUCCCGACAAGCCACCUGCCUUCUCUGUUGGUAGGUUUAGGCAUGGCACCGCUAGACGGCAUAAGGCCAAACGUUGCAGAGUCUUAUGUCGUUGUACUUGAUGGUCGCGUCUUGGGCUACGUUGAGGACAGCAGUGUGGAAAACCUGGUGACCAGCCUUCGCACAAUGAAGGCCUGUGGACUAGAAAAGGUGCCCCAAACAUUGGAGGUUGGUUUUGUGCCCAAAACAAGGCAGGCAUCCCAGUACCCAGGCGUCUUUCUCUUCACUAGCGUGGCACGCAUGAUGCGUCCUGUUCUCAACAUGCAAACAAAUACAAUUGAGUGGAUUGGUACAUUUGAGCAGGUGCACCUCAGCAUUUGUGUGGUACCUGAUGAAGCCUACGAAGGGAUCACCACUCAUCAGGAGUUGAGGCAGACCAGCAUGCUGAGUCUUCUAGCAAACAUGAUUCCUUACUCCGAUUUCAACCAGAGUCCUAGGAACAUGUACCAAUGUCAGAUGGGCAAGCAAACAAUGGGCACACCUUGCCAAGCACUGCGUUACCGCUCGGACAACAAGCUCUACCGCAUCCAGACACCACAAACCCCUCUUGUUCGACCCACUGCCUAUGAUCACUACGACAUGGACGAAUACCCCACGGGCACCAAUGCUAUUGUGGCAGUCAUCUCGUACACCGGCUAUGACAUGGAAGAUGCCAUGGUGCUAAACAAGUCAUCAGUGGAGAGGGGUUUCAAGCAUGGCUCCAUCUACAAGAGCGAGGUGGUGAACUUGCGCGUGCUAGCUGGUGAUGUGGGCAGGCAGGUGUCCCUUGUCUUUGGUCGCAAGAUGACUGACCGGCACCUUGAAGGCCACAUCGACCUCGAUGGUUUGCCUUACAUAGGCACCAAGGUGGAACACAACCAGCCAGUUUGCAGUUUCAUUAACAUCGUAACCGGUGAGACAAAAGUGCAUAAGUACAAGAACAUGGAGGCUGGCUACAUUCAUGAAGUGAAGCUUUUGGGCAAUGACACUGGCACAGAUGUUCUGCAGGCCGUCUGCAUCACCUACUGGAUCCAGAGGAACCCAAUGAUUGGGGACAAAUUUGCCAGUCGUCACGGCCAGAAAGGUGUGUGCAGCCUGCUGUUGCCUGUGGAGAACAUGCCAUUCACUGAAAGUGGCAUGACUCCCGAUAUCAUCUUCAACCCCCAUGGCUUUCCAUCUCGAAUGACCAUCGGCAUGAUGAUCGAAAGCAUGGCUGGGAAGUCCUCCAUGCUUCAUGGUGUUGCGCAUGAUGCCACACCUUUCAAGUUUUCUGAAGAUCAGCCAGCAUCCGAGUACUUUGGAGAACUUCUUCAAAAAGCUGGUUACAACUACUAUGGGACCGAACGGAUGUACUCGGGUGUGGAUGGCCGUGAACUGGAGGCCGACAUCUUUUUUGGAGUAGUCUACUACCAGAGGCUGAGGCACAUGGUGGCCGACAAGUACCAGGUGCGAACAACGGGUCCCGUUGACACAUUGACCCACCAACCGGUCAAAGGACGCAAGAGGGCAGGAGGCAUCCGUUUCGGGGAGAUGGAGCGAGACUCUCUCCUGGCUCACGGUGCAUCGUUCUUGCUGCAAGACAGGCUCUUCAACUGCUCCGACAAGUCCUUGGCUUACGUGUGCAGCAAGUGCCAGAGCAUGCUGUCGCCCGUCGUUGACAAAGCAGAGAGUGAUGUGGUUCGCAAGUGGAAGUGCCCUACUUGUCAGACUAGCGAUUUCAUUGAGAUCAUAAGCAUACCGUAUGUUUUCAGGUACCUCGUUGCAGAACUGGCUGCCAUGAACAUUGGUGUCAAGCUCCAGGUGAAGUGAUUACGAUAGCAUAGCUACAAGUCAUGGCAUUUGCAAGUUGUACAUAUGAGGUCUGGGGGUUGUAUAUAUCAUGUAUGAGGGGAAGAUGCUUCAAGGUGUGUAAAUAAAUGAUGUACAUAUUGUUAAUUA